AAGGAAGAGAGGGUACGAUAGAGUUCGCCGCUGCCUCUCAGCCGUCAGUAUCGCUCACACCUCCAAAUCACCGACACCUCUCUUGAGUUCAAGUCGACAUUCCUCUUCCCUCUGACCUCUCGCUUCGCUCUCGCAAGGCUGGCCGCCAGCUUCCCCAGCGUCGCUUCCCUUCUGCUUCCGGUUCCGCUGCUCGCCCCUCCCUCCCAUGCCCUCCACCACCGCCACCGCCUCGUCCUCGUCCUCCUCCGCCGCCGCCGCCGCCGCCCAACCUACCCACCCGGGCGCAAUGGCACUGGGUAUCCCCAUUCCCCAGCGGGAUGCGAGUCCGAGUCCGAGUCCGGUGUCUUCGGUCGACGGCCUGAGCCCGAGGAGUAUCAUUGAGCCUGAUGACAGGAGCACAAGGUCUGUGAAUCAGAGCAUCUUCGACUUUGUCUGCGAGAAUGGGAGGACCUAUCAUCGCUAUCAGGCUGGCUCAUAUUUGUUUCCGAAUGAUCAGUCUGAAAACGAACGGUUGGACCUGCAGUACGAGAUCCUCAAGGUGCUGCUCAAAGGCAGGAACUACUUUGCGCCGUUGAAGGAUCCGAGGAAGAUCCUGGAUAUAGGAACAGGGACGGGAAAGUGGGCGAUUGAGAUGGGGAAUGCAUUUCCCAAGGCAGAGGUCACGGGAACGGAUCUCUCUCCCAUUCAACCUGAAUGGGUCCCCAACAACGUCAAAUUCGUCAUCGACGACGCCAACGAGGAAGACUGGAUGCUCGACCCCAUGGACUACAUCCACACCCGCGUCAUGCUCGGCUGCUUCGAGGACUUCCGCGAAAUCAUCGCAAAGGCCUACCGCCACCUCAAACCCGGCGGCUGGAUGGAAUCCCAGGAAUACAUGCCUACCGUUUACUGCGACGACGGCACAAUGUCCCCCGACUAUGCCUUCGCCGAGUGGACCCAGACCCAGGACCGCGCCGCCAUGAAUCUCGGAAAGCCCCUGCGCAUCGCGAAUAAACUGAAAAGAUGGUAUGAGCAAGCCGGGUUUGUCGACGUGCACGAGGAGGUCUUCAAGCUGCCGAUCAAUUCCUGGCCCAAGGAUCCGCAGUUCAAGAUGCUGGGGCGGUUCAGCGAGACGAAUCUGCUGGAUGGGCUGCAGGCAUUCAGUUUGCAGCUUUUCCAGAAGGGCUUGCAUUGGACCAAGGAGGAGAUUGAGGUCUAUCUGGUGCACGUGCGCAAGGCGCUGAGCGACCGGAAUGUGCAUGCGUAUCACAAGAUAUAUGUCGUCUGGGGCCGCAAGCCAUUCGACCAUGAACUGGGCGUUCCCAGCCCGCCGAACUAUCCCCCACCGCCACCGCCGAGAGAGUAA